AUGGCAUUAGCAGCGCUAACCCCGCUCGUUCGGCCCGUGUCCGCAAUGUUGCGCUGCGCGCCCGCCAGGCGCCAUUCCGCCUUCUUCGGCGCCGCGGUGCCCGCGGCUUCCGCCGCUCCGGCGCGUUUCUGCCGCCGACCCGCCGCAACUCCCGCCGUUGCCUCCGUCGCGCCGUCGGGGUCAGAGUCGACGCCCAAUGCGCCGCAGUCGCUCGCAAGCGGGUCGAAGAAUAUGGCUACCAGCCGCACGCUCACCACGCGUGCUGCGGCUGCGCAGGGGGAGGUCGUUGCUGGCGCAGUGGCGUCCAUCCCCACCAUCGGUUUCCUGGGACUGGGAAUCAUGGGCAGCGCCAUGGCGCUGCGGCUGGUGCGGUCGGGGUAUCGCGUGACGGUGUGGAACCGCAGCCCCAAGAAGACGCGCCCGCUCGUGGAGGCCGGUGCUGUGGCGGCGCCAUCAGCAGCAGCGGUGACAGCAGCGUGUGACAUCACCUUCGCCAUGCUCUCUGACCCUGCUGCUGCUUUGGAAGUGGCAUGUGGGCCAGAUGGCGCAGCAGAGGGAUUGAAGCCGGGAAAAGGCUACGUGGAUGCAUCAACGGUGGACGUGGAGACAGCUGUCCGGGUGGCGCAGGCCGUGCGCGCCACUGGCGCACAGUUCCUCGAGGCGCCCGUGUCCGGGUCGAAGACGCCAGCGGAGAACGGCAAGCUCAUCUUCCUGGCAGGAGGCGACUGGGACCUGUACGAGCGCGCUACUCCCAUGCUCAACAUUAUGGGCAAGUCCACGUUUUUCCUUGGCCCGGAGGGCAGUGGGGCGGCUAUGAAGCUUGUCGUCAACAUGGUCAUGGGCAGCAUGAUGGCUGCAUUCGCUGAAGGGCUAGCACUGGGAGAGCGAGUGGGGCUGGAUAAGAACACCAUUCUGCAGGUGAUAGAGCAGGGUGCCAUCGCCAGCCCAAUGUUCUCCCUCAAGGGCCCUCUCAUGAUCGACGCCAACUACUCACCCGCCUUCCCACUCAAGCACCAGCAGAAGGAUAUGCGUCUGGCUCUGGGUUUGGGCGACGACUUGGCACAGCCGCUGCCCGUGGCAGCUGCGGCCAACGAGGUGUACAAGAAGGCGCGGCGGGAGGGGCAUGGCCGGGACGACUUCAGCGCCGUGUUUGAAGCCGUGAGGCUGCAGCAGCGCGAGGACUGA